UGGAGGAUCGAAGAUGUCAUUGCAGGCCUGAGUGCAAAUAAAGAGAACUUCAGAAUCCUGGUGGAAUCGGUCAAAAAUCCGGAGAGAAAAACAGUGCCUUUGCUUCCUUACCCGCCUGUGCCUUCAAUCUCCUCUUCUGAGAGCAAGCCGUCCCUGCAGCCCAGCCCGCCCACCAGCCCCAUGCGGACCCCUCUGGAGGUUCGACUCUUCCCCCAGCUGCAAACCUACAUGCCGUACCGACCUUACCUGCCCCAGCUGAGGAAGGUGACGUCUCCCCUUCAGUCACCAACCAAGACGAAGCCCAAAGUUGAAGACGAGGCACCUCCCAGGCCCCCGCUCCCUGAGCUCUACAGCCCGGAGGACCAGCCCCCGGCCGUGCCACCUCUACCGAGGGAGGCCACCAUCAUCCGGCACACUUCAGUGAGGGGCCUCAAGCGGCAGUCGGACGAGAGGAAGCGAGACCGGGAGCAGGGGCAGUGUGUGAACGGGGACUCGAGGGUGGAACUCCGGUCAUACGUCAGUGAGCCUGAGCUGGCGACCUUCAGUGGGGACAUGGCCCCUCCCUCCCUGGGACUCCUGGGCUCUGAGAGCAGGUACCAGACGUUGCCAGGCAGAGGGCUCUCGGGGUCCACGUCAAGGCUCCAGCAGUCGUCCACCAUUGCUCCCUACGUCACGCUUCGGAGGGGUCUAGAUGCCGAAAGCAGCAAGGUGACCUACCCUAGACCCAGGAGUGCCUUGGAGCGCCUGUACUCAGGGGACCACCAGCGGGGCAAGAUGAGCGCGGAGGAGCAGCUCGAGCGCAUGAAGCGGCACCAGAAGGCGCUGGUCCGGGAGCGCAAGAGGACGCUGAGCCAAGGAGAGAGGACGGGUCUGCCCUCGUCCCGCUACCUCAGCCAACCACUCCCUGGAGAUCUCGGCUCAUGGAAGCGCGAGCAGGACUUUGACCUGCAGCUGCUGGAACGGGCCGUACAAGGGGACAGAAAGGACAAGGAGGAGAAUGGCUGGCUGAAGGUGCAGGCUAUGCCUGUCACUGAGUUGGACCUGGAACCACAAGAAUAUGACGUGGACAUCAGCAGAGAGCUCUCCAAACCAGAGAAGGUCUCCAUCCCCGAGCGUUACGUGGAGCUGGAUCCUGAAGAGCCGCCCAGCCUGGAGGAGCUGCAGGCGCGGUACCGCAAGGCCGAGAAGAUCCGUAACAUCCUUGCCCGGUCCAGCAUGUGCAACCUGCAGCCAGUGUCCGGCCAGGACCGGGACAGCGUGGCCGACCUGGACUCGCAGCUGCAGGAGCAGGAGCGCAUCAUCAACAUCUCCUACGCCCUGGCCUCAGAGGCCUCCCAGCGCAGCAAGCAGGUGGCAGCAGCUGGCCCUCCUCCCGCCUAAAGCCCCCCUGUCCUCCAGGACGGUGCCACCUUACCCCCCCUUAAGCAACGGACUCCACUACACCUUUGUCUAACACC